AGCAACUCCUUAAAAUGAAAUAAACAAAGAAACUAUAAAUUACGUUUUCAGUGAAAAUAUAUCAAUAAUGGAAAAUAGAGAAUAUGAAAGGAGAGGUAGUAAGCCACGAGCUUUUGAAAGAUCCUUUAGCUACUCCGCAGCAAUUGGCAAUGGCUCUGAAAGGUCCUCUAUUGAAAUACCGACCAUGUCAAACACUGAAGUGUACACAAAUGAAGAUAUAAAGAAACAUUACAGAAUUUCGCAAACAUAUGUAGAAGGUAAAGAAAUUGUUUUUCCCUUUAUUGCGUCAAACCAAGAUACAGAAGACGGUAACAUAAAUAAAUAUGACGAACAAUACAGUUCACAAUAUUCAAGUGAAGACGAGAUCACUGACGGAGGUCUGGUUAUGACGAUAGAUGUUGAAACAGAGUCUCCUAAAAGCUCCGAAAAAAGAAAUAUAUCAGAUGCGUCAACGCAGCCUGUAGUGGAUUCUGUGAAUUCAACUGAAAUUUAUGAUACAAUUGAAAUGAUUGAAAGUAUUGACAACGACACUGACACCAUACCUACUACUGCCUACUAUAAUUAUUCCUCUCCAUACACUAGUAGAAGGCGUAAAAAAGGUAAAAAAGUUAGAUAUCAGCCUGGUCGACCGAUGCGUUCACGAAGAGUGGUUUACAAAAAUGGCGAAGAAAAUGUUCCCGUUAGGAGCAACAUACCGUCUAAAUCUAUCAAAUACAUGAGGGACAUUGUUAACACUGUGAUAAAUAGCAAAUGGCGGUUCAUAAUUUUGUUGAUAUUCUGCUCAUAUUUCAUCUUCUGGUUCAUGUUUGCCGGGAUCUGGUACGCUGUCACCUCUUCGUACCAGGAUGACAUAGGUGACGGUAAGCAACAUUGCGUCACGGGCACUUCUUCGUUUGCUGGGCUCCUGAUGAUGGCGGUGGAGACACAGAUGACGAUCGGAUACGGAGUAAGAUAUCCGAAUGAAGAAUGCCCUGAAGCUAUUAUCAUUAUGGUAUUGGAGAUAGUAGCAGGUACAGCUUUAUCUGGUGGUCUCGCUGGUUUGCUCUUCAUAAAACUGGUGCGCCCUAAUAGACAAGGUGUGUCUAUUGGAUUCAGUAAGAAAGCCACUGUAUGUCUUCGCGAUGGUGAACUAUGUCUUCAGUUUAGAGUAUGGGAUCUAUUAAACGUGCAUUUAAUUGGAAGCACUAUAACUGCAUACAUGCUUAAGCCUAUCAGAACAUUAGAAGGUGAAAGAGUACAAAAUUACAUACACCAGCUUGAACUGAAAGAAGGUCGAGCAUUCCUCCUCUGGCCCAUUACUGUGGUGCAUGUAAUUAACCACGAAAGCCCUCUCUAUGAUCUCACAGCGCAAGAUAUGAUGGACUUCAGAUUCGAGAUAGUGGUCUGUCUAACAGGCUCGUCAAAGAACAUGGGGACAGUGACACAAAGCAGAACGUCUUACCUUUCCAAGGAAAUCAUUUGGGGAUACAGAUUCAAAAAUGUCUUACACUGGUCAAAGAAACACGAAGCAUACUCCAUUGAUGUAGAACACCUCGACUCUGUGGAACAAGUGGAAACACCGCUAUGCAGCGCCAGCCAACUGAAAGAAUUCGAAGAAGACAUCAAAUCUUCAGCACAGUUGCUAUCAACCACUCCUCCUCACUUAUCUCUUACACGCAUGUCUUUGACUGAUGAGGAUAUCACUCUAUCCAAGGCUGAGGAGUCAGUGCCUUCUAGUCCAACUAUAAAUAGAACCUCCACCCGAAGAAGUUUUGGAUGGAAUUUUAGAAGAUUUUAUCCGGAAAGAUAUAUGGCUCGUCAGACUGAAGGGUCAGCAAAGGUGUGAAUUGUAACUAGUAUUUAUGUAAUUUUCAGUACUUAUUACGAUAAAGUCCGAUGAUUCAUGGGUAUUCGUACGUAGAUGAGAUGAUAAUUUGUUAUUUAAAUUAUUGUGUAUUUGUAAGUUCUAAUUAGAGUGUAAGUUUAAUAAUGCAGG